UGUCAAGAACGCUAGCUCCAUGGAAGGGACACAGACCUUGGACAGGGACAACAGUGUCCUGCAACCUCAGGAAUGGACUGACCCUCAGGAGGAAAAGUCGGGCCUGCUCAACAUGACUAAGAUUGCCCAAGGAGGGCGGAAACUCAGGAAGAACUGGGGCCCGGCGUGGGUGGUGUUAGCCGGCAACAGCCUGAUGUUCUACCCCUACCGGGAGCGGCCGCUGCCCACCGCGUCCUCCCAAGGCUGGGCGCCAGCUGGGAGCCGGCCGGAGAGCAGCGUGGACUUGCGAGGGGCGGCCUUGGCCAGCGGCCGUCACCUGUCCAGCCGCCGAAACGUCCUGCACAUAAGGACAAUCCCCGGCCAUGAGUUCCUGCUGCAAUCAGAUCAAGAGGCCGAGCUGCGAGUCUGGCACCGCGCGCUGCGGGCUGUCAUCGAGCGGCUGGACCGGGAGAACCCCUUGGAACUGCGUCUGUCGGGCUCGGGACAUUCCGAGCUGGUGGAGCUGAGCGCCGGAGAGGACGAAGAAGAAGAGGAGUCCGAGCCCGUGUCCAAACCGCUGAUCCGGCUUAGCAGCCGCAGGAGCACCAGCCGCUGUGUGGAAGGCAGCGAGCAGAAGAACCGUGUGCGGAACAAGCUAAAGCGGCUGAUCGCCAAGAGACCAUCCUUGCAAAGCCUUCAGGAGCGGGGGCUGUUCCGAGACCAGGUGUUUGGUUGCCAGCUGGAGUCGCUGUGCCAGCGGGAAGGGGAUACCGUGCCCAGCUUCGUUCGGCUUUGCGUUGAGGCAGUGGACAAAAAAGGUCUAGAUGUGGAUGGCAUCUACCGGGUGAGCGGGAACUUGGCAGUGGUCCAGAAACUUCGCUUUUUGGUAGACAGAGAGCGGGCAGUCACGUCUGAUGGGAGAUACCUGUUCCCAGAACAGCCUGGACAAGAAGGCAGAUUAGAUUUGGACAGUGCUGAAUGGGAUGACAUUCAUGUGGUCACUGGAGCCUUGAAGCUUUUUCUGCGGGAGCUGCCUCAGCCUUUGGUGCCUCCACUGCUGCUACCCCAUUUUCGUGCUGCCCUUGCACUUUCUGAGUCAGAGCAGUGCCUCUCUAAAAUACAAAACUUAAUAGACUCAUUGCCGAAGCCCAACCAUGACACGCUGCAGUACCUCCUGGAGCACUUAUGCAGGGUCAUAGAACACGCAGAUAAGAACCGCAUGACCGCCCACAACCUGGGAAUUGUGUUUGGACCAACCCUGUUUCGGCCAGAGCAAGAGCCAGCUGAUCCGACAGCCCAUGUAUUCUACCCCGGGCAGCUGAUUCAGCUCAUGCUCACCAACUUCACCAGCCUCUUCUGACUCGACAAGGAAGAGGAAUCCGUGGCCCGUGAUUUGUCAGCUACUCUUUGUAGGUGUGGCAAGUGGGCCCUUGUGAGGCUAUCCCUGUAAACUCUUCAACUUCCUGUCUCACUUGAGGGGGUGGAUAGAGCUCCCAGAAGAAGAAAGUGCAUGAACCCCCACGUCUCUUGUUCCUCACCCCAAGAUGACACAUAAAGCACUCGUUCUCUCUGA